AUGGGAGCGACCCCGUUUCAUCGUUCCAUACUCGAAGUCCGGUUGCCAAAACAUUUUGAUAAGCCUACGGACAUGAGAUACGACGGAACGCAAGACCCUCUAGAGCAUCUCACGGCCUUCGAGGCCAGGAUAAACCUGGAGAGAGUGGGGGACGAGGUAAAAUGCCGCGCGUUCCCGGUCACCCUAGCAGGACCUGCAAUACGGUGGUUCAAUAACCUCCUGCAGGGCUCGGUAACCGGCUUCGCGGACAUCAGCCAUGCCUUCUUAGCCCAACUCACGACCAGAAUUGCAAAGGUGAAGCACCCAAUUAACCUGCUUGGGGUAACCCAACGACCCGACGAGUCGACCGGAAAAUACCAAGACAGAUUCAACGAAGAGUGCCUUGAAAUCGACGGGCUGACAGACUCAGUGGCAAGCCUGCGUUUGACGAACGGACUCCUGAACGAGGACUUCAGAAAGCAUCUCACUACGAAGCCAGUAUAG